UGUGUGUAGCGCACUGUCUCUGCUAGGUGGGCGGGGCCCCAGCACACGCAGGCAUUGAUCCGUGUCAAGUCGCAGCUGCCAGAUGCUGAUGUGCAUUACCUAACUUCCAUCUAUCGAGGCUUCUCUGGCUUUACUGCUUUAAUGAGUGGGGAGAAAAGUCAAUUAGCCCCGCAGUGCGCCUGGUAGCCUUUGAUUAGUUGUCGUUUGAACUUUAUACCUGUGUUCUUGUGUCUCUCUAUUUUGUGGUUGGAGUUAUCCAAAGGAAAAGAAAAAUGAGCAAAGGAUAUUAAAUUAAAGGUGCGCCACCUAGACACCCCACAGAUGACGCCGAGGCAGGCUCUGCUUUCUUGCUAUAGUGUGUUCGUGGACGCUGAGUGAGUCAUGCAGUCCGGAUACCCCAAACAUCGGUGUUACGCCGACUUCACCCAUCGCUCCUUUGCCGAGUUCAUCAAACUUCACAAUGCCUCGGCUCUGCGCCUGGCGCUUUUGGUAUCUGAUUUCGCCCGGCAGAUGGCGGCAGUGUAUGAACAGUUUGCCAAAGACAUACAGACAAUCAUUUCAGCAUUCAAAGCCAAGUACAGUGAUCUCAAUCAUGAUAGACCCACGGACACACCUUCCACGAUCCUGUCCGCCUGGGAAUGUCUCCUGUACGGGACGGAAAACGACGCACAGGCACACAUGGACGUAGCGGUGCUCCUGAGGAAGAACGUGUACCGUCCCCUGGAGGAGGUGGCCGUCCACAAACAGACCCAGACCCACAAACUGAACGGCUACCGAGACCAGCUGGAGGAGACCAUGGACAAGGUGGAGCACGACCUACAAGUCGCCGAGGAGAACUACCAGAGGUCAGUGAAGGCCUCACCCACCGGCUCUAACUUCGUGGCCCGCCAACAAUUCCACACCGCUCACAACGAAUACCUGUGUCACCUGUGUGCUUCCAACAGAACCAUUGAGGAGUUCCACUACCUCGUCCCACAGGUGUUAGAGGAGCUGGAGGAGAUCUAUAUUGACACAAGUAACACGGUGAACAUCGCCAUGGAGAGUCACGCGCUGAUGUUACUGACCAAGGCGGAUGAGCAACACCAUCGUUACAAGGAAAUGUUAAAGGUCUGCCGCCAGGUGACGCCACAGUCAGACAUCACUUAUUUCCUGUCAGCCAUAGAAAUGGAGCCAACAAAGAUAGAACUGUCCACGCACACUUUUAGACCCAGUGAUGUCAGCAUCUACAACGCAGAGACUUUGACGGUUAACCAGCUUAUUGUUAACCAACACACGGAACCAAUCAUCUUGGAGCGGCGACAGAAACUCCAGAAAGAGGCUGCCAUCCUGACAUCGUACAUCAAACACAACCAGGACAGCAUCCACACCCUGAUGAUGAUCUGUCAAAGAAACUUAGCAAAUCAUCUUUAUUCAAAAGUGUAUGAAACCCAAGGAGACAUGUGUUGCAAACGCAAUGAAAUACGGCUGGCAAAUUUGCAAUUAGCUUCCAUCCGAGCCCAGAUUGAGGCGCUGUCUCCCAAACAGAACGGCUCAGUGGAGAGUCUGGACCAGGACAGUAAGAAAUCCUCGGCCACCAUCAAAAGCAUGUGGAAGAAGGCCUUCAAGAGUCUCAAGAGCACCUCAGACACUAAGCUGACCAAAAAGGGGAGUUUGAUCAAGAAGAAGCAGAAUUCUCAAGAAGUGGAAGUAGAGGAGAAUGCUGAACCAGGGGAGAUUGACCCGGUUUACAGCCUGCUGAAGUGUGCAGCAGACCUUCCCAAGGCCAGCAAGCCAAGCUGUGGGAUCCAUGCGCAGUGUUCCGGCCACCACUCGUCCGCCUCCACCAAGGGCGAGUCCAGCAGUACGAGCACAUCCAAGACAACAAGCCCCGCCUCCUCAGCAAGCCACAGUCCGAAAAAUCGGCGAAAAAAGUUGAAUUCUCGCAUGAAAAGUUUUUCGUUGGACACCCCUGAACCGUCGAAACAUCUGCUGGCAAUCGACGAGACGACAAAGAAAAAGAGCAGCUCCUUUACUAACACAUGUUUUGGAGGUCCACUAAAUUCGCGGCUGGCUCCAGAGAAUGUAGGGUCCACAAGCCCCGAUGAGAAGUAUGUAUUUUCAGCAGCAAAUCUACGCAAGAAGUUUGCUAGUUCCUCCAAUCGAGCGAGUUCCCUGGAGCUGGAGGACAAACUGAGCUACACUCAAUCACCAAAGGAUUCCCCAAAAAGCCAAAAGAAACAGAAUACUCAGUUGUACGUUGUGUUGUACAAUUUCAAAGGAAAAGAAAAAGACGACCUUGACCUUAGGGCGGGGUGGAGGGUCAAUGUGUUGGACAGCUCUGAUCAGGACUGGUGGAAGGGUAAAUGCAAUGGCAAGGUUGGUUAUUUUCCAGCGACUUACCUGAUCCCGAUCCAGACCGGACAGCGCGUGUUUCAGGUGAUCCAUUCCAUGCACCUGACGGAGGGGGGCAACGGGAUGAAGCUCCACAAGGACCAGAUCGUGUUACAGAUAGGGGAGGAGAAUAUGGGAAUGGUUCGUGUCCAAGCAGCCAACAAAAAGCAUGCCCUGUGUCCCCUCAAAUACCUGAAGGAGGUAUAACAGGGCACAGGUAUAAACACCUGGGCAGGUGUGACAAAGACAGAAACCUGACAGGUGUGUAAACAUGAUUUUGUGUAAAGCAUACUCAAUCCUACAGCCAAAGAUGUCCACAAACAAACAUUGCCAUACAUAUCAGGAAGGACAACCAUGUCUGAACAAGUGGUUAGGAUUUUGAACGGAUCGCUCAAAAAAGGAAAGAGUUCUGAAACAGCGGCCAGAGGAAUCCUAUAGUGAAGGGGACAGUACUCUGAUAAAUCCCAAAACCAACGAAAAAUCUGAUGUUCUGAAUUUAAUUCACAGCAUCACUUAUACGCAUAGUGUUUUUUAAUUGAUGUGAAAGGCCUUUUAUGGGGUCUGUCAUUCAGAUUUUUCUGUUUAUAUAUAUCUUAAAAAUACAUGUAGCCAUUAUGGAUGUAAAUAUUUUUUACCGUUGUUUUUAUCUUUUACACUUUGGUGAAACAUGCAAACAAAUGAAAUAGCUUUCAUGCGAGAAGAUUUUAAGUUUCAACACUUGAUGUUUGCUGUGUGAUUUAUGAGACGUAAUUGCUUAGAUGAUCUUUGCAUUAAAUUCUAGAGUUACAAUUUUGAUUUCUGGUACCACCAUGUAAUUCAGUGCGGCCUCUGUUGAAGGUUGACUUGUUAUUGCUAUCUUGGUGGUGUGUGUACAUGUAUUUGGAGAGGGUUUACAUAGACUAUGCCUGUUACACAAUUUAUUUGAAUUUCAAUAAAAAACAUGUUUCAAUAUGAUAGUACAUGUAUGUGCAUGUAUAGAUUGUUUUAUUUCAUUACGAUGUCUUUCAUUUUGUAUCCAAUGAGAUUUGUAAAUUUCUUGCAAUAUGUAUGUUAUUAUAUAUGGCUGAAGCAUGAAAUGGACCAAGAGUGUGGCACAUGUUUAUGAGUGUGGAAUUUUCGUAUAGAUUGUUUCCUGAUUUAUGUUAAUGUUCACCAUGACUUUAUAUAUAUAUAUAUGUGACAUUGUUUACUAUCUGUUGACCAUCAAAUUUGAUUUUAUUUGGCAAUUUAUGAAUGAUUAACUCGUUUACAGUGACUAAUAUUUGCAAUCAAUUUUUUUUCAUAAUAAAACAAAGGGCAAAAAAUAUUAAAGACCUGGUUUGUAAUGAGAAAUAUUCCGAAUAAUGUGAUUCUUGUGAACUUGAGAAUAUUUCUUGUAAUCAAUUGAAAGUUGGAUUAAGGUGAUGAUUUGACUGCUCGCAUGAGUGUGUCCUGACCAGUAUUUAAUUUUUGUUGGCCUAUUUUACACUAGUUUGUUAUGCCAUAGAUCUUUAACAUACACAUAGGAAUUAUUGUGAAUGCAUGUUUCAAAGGGGCCAGUCAUUGUCAAUUUGUUUUUAUAACUUUGUGUAGAGAUGGUGAAGUCAUUAUUCAAAUGAUUUUGACAUAAUUUAAUUGUACAGAUAAAAAAUUUGGAUUGGGCACAAGUUCAGAGACAUACAGACUGCCUUCUCUCUUUUUGUGAAAAUAAUUUAUGUUUUCAAUUUGAGGGUUUAUCGUAUACAGGUUUAUUUUCGCCCUGUAUAUUUUUCGCCCUUCUACACUUGCAAACAGUUGCACCUUGUCUUAAACUUGCCUAAAGUUGGGUGAAAAAAGAUAACUUAAGACAUUGGAAUUUGCCCAGUCUUAAAUUUGCCCACCAAGGACAGGGGUGAGAUGGGCUGAAAUAAAACAGGGGCAAAUAGUUCAUUGUAUACAGUAUUCAUGUAUAAACUAAUAUAUUUGUUAAAUGUAGAAUCUAUAUGUUUGUAUCUGGCCAUUGUUUUUGUUACUAGCAGUCUUAAAGGUUUCAUAGAUAGGUCUAAAAUUGGCAAGAGUAUUUUCUUCUUUUUUUU